AUGGCUAUCGAUCUAAAGAAAAUUUCAAUUAAAGAUACGCCAUUUGCUCUUAUUACCGAAUACAGCGCUUUUCCAGAAGAACAAGAAAUACUGUUCUCAAUGCACACAGUAUUUCGAGUAGGUGAAAUUAAACAAUCAAAGCAAAAUAAUCGUCUAUGGGAAGUGGAGUUGACUCUUUCAGACGAUAAAGAUCCACAGCUUGCUGGUCUUACGAAAACCCUAAAAGAAGAGAUUCAAGGGGCAACAGGAUGGCAACGAAUGGGUAAACUUAUGCUCAAAAUGAGUGACCUAGAUCAAGCUGAAGAACUCUACAAUGAAUUGCUCAAGAAUGCUAGUACGAAUGAAGAUAUUGAACAUAUAUAUCAUCAGAUCGGCGAGUUGAAAGUUCACCAAGGAAGAUAUCGAGAUGCCGUAAAAUCUUUUGAGAAGUGUCUAGAAAUUAGACAAAAAACUCAUCCAUACGACAAUUCGUCAUUAGCAUUAUCUUGUAUUUACAACAACAUCGGUCUCGCCUAUAAUAGCCUGGCAGAUCACUCACAAGCACUUGAAUAUUACAAUAAAUCACAUAAAAUAAAAGAGGAAUCUCUUCCUGAUAAUGAUCCGCAGAUAGCUAUUUCUUGUGGAAACAUCGGUGCAGUGUAUAUUGAGCUGGGUGAUUACUCGAAAGCACUUGAAUGUUUUGAAAAAACGCUUCAAAUACAAGUACAAACUUGCCCGAAGAAUCAUCCUGAUAUCGCGUGUACCUACGGAUGGCUAGCUACUGUGUAUGAGCAUACACACUGCUACUCUCAAGCACUUUCGUGUCAUGAGAAGGCACUCGCUAUUUUUCAGAAAUCGCUUCCUUCUACGCAUCCAAAUAUCGACUCAUGUAAAAGUAAAAUUAGUUAUUUAAAACAGAAGAUGUGA